AUGGCAGAGAAGGUGGAGGAGGAGGUGGAAAUGAAGAUUGGAGGUGACGGCAGAGACUGGAGUUGGAGGAAAAACAGCAAAACAACGGAUGACGUCUGCCCUGAAAACAGACUAGCAAGGAGGCUUCAGCCUUCAGUGUGUCACCUGGUAACAAACUACCAGGUGAGGGUGAACCUGCUGCUGGCGUUGGGUGCUGCUGAGUCCAGGAGGUGGGGCGGCGGGGAAGCUCAGGGCGAGGUGGAAUCCAGUUACAGAGCGCGGGUGACUCAAGCCAGGCGCAAGCCGAGCAGGAGCCGGAGUCUGCCCGCCGCCGCGCUGCCCAGCGCCGCCUUUGUUCCCGAAGAAGGGGCGAGCGAGCGGCGAGCGGCGCGCCACGGCCCGCACCCUGCACCAACUCGGGGGCUCGGAGCGCGCGGGCAGGGCUGGGCACACGCGCGCCCAAGAGUCCAGCUGCUACCCGGAGCAGGGCUGCAGGUAAGGAAGCCGGGGUGCGGGUGGCACCGGCAGAAGUUAAGUUGGUCGGGCGGCGUGGCUGGCGCGGCAGCUGUGCGCGCCUCAUCCCUGGACAUAAAAGGGAGUGGUGGCCCCGCCGCCCUGCCCUCCGUGCGCCCCGGCAACUCCUGCCCCGUCGCUUUCUUCCCCCUGCUUGCUGCUUUGCUUGCGCGAGGCUCCGGGGUUACCCCGGGAAACCUAAGCAAAAGUUCUGCCUUUUCGCUCCAAGUGACUAGCUGGGCGCGGCUCCUCCUGCUUCUGGCUGAGAGAAACUUUGGGGCACCAGGGACUGCGCCCGCUUUCCUGGAGCUCCCUCUCCUCGCCUUGGCGUGUGCUACUACGAAUUCGUUCUUGCGCAGAUCUGGGGAGAUGCAGCCAUCCACCGUGGAACUGGCCUCCCCGACCCCGCUGGACCUCACGGAGCUCAUAGGCGUCCCACUACCAACGUCCGUGUCCUUUGUCACCGGCCAUGGCGGCUUCCCCGCCUACAGCUUUGAACCUGGGGCCAACGUGGGCCGGCCGGCCCGGACACUCAUCCCUGCCACCUUCUUUCGGGACUUCGCCAUCAGCGUGGCGGUGAGGCCCACCAGCGACCGCGGCGGGGUGCUCUUCGCCAUCACCGACGCCCUCCAGAAGGUCAUCUACCUGGGGCUGCGGCUGUCGGGCGUGGACCAAGGCGGCCAACGCGUCAUCUUCUACUACACCGAGCCCGGCUCGCAGGUGUCCCGGGAGGCCGCCUCCUUCCAGGUGCCGGUGCUCACGCACCGCUGGAGCCGCUUUGCUGUGGUGGUCCGGGGGGACCAAGUGAGCUUCCUGCUGGACUGCGAGGAACAAGGCCGCGUCGCCUUGCAGCGGUCCGCCAGCCCCCUGGACAUCGAGCCCAGCGACGGGGUCUUCGUGGGCAGCGCGGGAGCCACCGGGCUGGACAGUUUCAUCGGCUCCAUCCAGCAGUUGACAGUGUACCCUGAUCCCAGGAUACCUGAGGAGCAAUGUGAGGCCUCGGGAUCAUCGGGGUCUGGAGACGGCAGCGGGUUCCAGGAGAACGAGGGCAUUGCCGAGAUCGUGGAGGCUGAGACAUAUACACAGGCACCAUCUGAAGAACCAAAAGUUGGCCCUGUGGACAGCCCUCCAAUUCCACCCCUUGCCUCUGAAGAUGUCGAGUUAUCUGGAGAGCCUGUGCCUGAGGGGACCCCGGGAGCCCCUAACUCCAGCGUCACCUCUCUCAACAGCCUCGAACAAGGCUCGGGGGAGAUCCUGAACAACACGGCUGAGGAGAACCAGGCUUUAGAUGGGAUCUCCAUUCCAGAAGCUGGCUCUGGGGAUGGGGCUUUUCUUCCUGUCACUGAAGAGGACCCAGAUACAGAGGAAGGUUCUGCAGCAUCUGCAGCAGUGGAAGGUUCUGAAGCAAGUGGAGCAGAGGAAGGUUCUGCAGCAAGUGGAGCAGAGGAAGGUUCUGCAGUAUCUCCGUCAGGGGAGACCAAUGUGCCUGACUACACGACUGAGGAGACUGAAGCCAGUGGCAUAUUCACUUCAGCCCCCACGGUUUUAUACAAUGAAUCCAGUGUGACCACAGCAUCGACUGACCAGGAAGAGAACCUCAGCACUGUGGAGGAAGCCAGUGGGGUCCCCACGGUGGAUUUGAACCUUCUCACACCCACCAUGGCUUCUGAACAAUCAGGCACUACUGGUCCUGAUGGUGAUGAAGGCUCAACAUCAGCCCCUACAGAGGAUCUCCUUACAACUAGCAAAGCAGGAGAGCUGGACCUGGCUCCCCCAGAAAGUUCUCCACUCCCUAUACCCACUGUGGCCCCUGAGGAGGUGGGGUGGCUUCCCACGACCCCUAUGCCAGUUGGACCUUCUGGAACCACGAUGAGCAUGGAGGAGGAGGGCUCUGGCCUGGGCUGGAGUUCUGGCCUGGGUUCUGGAGCAGGCUCUGGUGAUCUGUUGGACAGAGAGGACCUGUUACCGGGUCCUCCAGGCCCUCCAGGCCCACCUGGUUCACCUGGAAUGCCAGGAAAACCCGGAACUAAUGUUUUCAUGGGACCCCCAGGAUCUCCUGGGAAAGAUGGUGCUGAUGGUGAGCCAGGCCCCCCGGGCCCUGAGGGACAGCCUGGACCUGAAGGAGACACCGGUGUUCCUGGCAUGAAAGGGGAGAAGGGAGCAAAAGGCCAUGAUGGCUCCGUGGGUGAAAAGGGUGACCCCGGCAGCAGAGGCUUACCAGGGCUCCCUGGGAAACAUGGACACGUGGGCACUCCUGGGGUCACGGGGCCCCCUGGACCCCCUGGACCCCCAGGCCCCGGAUGCAUCAUGGGACCUGAAUUUGAGGACACAGAUGGUUCUGGAAGUCUCGAGCUACAGACUGAACCUCGACCCUGCAGACCCACAACUUCCAAUGGUCUCAAAGGGGAUAAAGGCGACCAGGGACCCAAGGGUGACCAAGGGAAGGAUGGAAUUGGUACCAUGGGCCCUCCUGGACCUCGGGGGCUGCCUGGACGCAUUGAGAUCUUACCUUCUCCUUUGCUCAACAUUACCCAUGGAGUCAUGAAUCUUUCCGACAUUCCAGAGCUCAUGGGACCUCAGGGCCCUGAGGGCACACCUGGACUGCCAGGAUUUCCAGGCCCCAGAGGACCAAAAGGUGACACUGGUGUGCCUGGAUUUCCAGGACUAAAAGGAGAUCAGGGUGAGAAGGGUGAGCCAGGUGCCAUCCUGACAGGGAACAUCCAAAUUGAGAAGCUGAGGGGGGAAAAGGGUGAACCUGGAGUGCAUGGAUCCCCAGGACCAAUGGGACCCAAAGGACCACCAGGACACAAAGGAGAAUUUGGUUUCCCUGGACGCCCUGGUCGCCCUGGACUGAAUGGCCUCAAGGGAACCAAAGGAGAUCGAGGAAUCCCGAUGCAGGGCCCUCCAGGCUUACCUGGUCCUCCUGGCCCCCCAGGUCCACCUGGUAUUAUGGUUAACAUCAAAGGAGCCGUCUUCCCCAUACCUGCCCGCCCGCACUGCAAAACACCUGUCGUCCCUGACUCUUCUGAGAAUUCAGACUCCAUAUCCUUCCAUGGUGCUAAAGGAGAGAAAGGAUCGUGGGGUUUUCCUGGCCCCAAAGGAGAAAAAGGAGACCAGGGAGCUCAAGGACCACCAGGACCUCCCCUAGAUCCAACUUACCUGGCAUACUUCCUCAACAGCCUGAAGGGGGAGAAUGGAGACAAGGGUAUAAAAGGAGAGAAGGGGGAUUCUUUCAGUGACUUCUUUAUGUCUGGCACUCCAGGCCUACCAGGAUAUCCAGGCUCAGAUGGCCCGAAAGGAGAGAUGAUCAUUGGGCCCCAAGGACCUCCAGGGUCUCCAGGCCUACCUGGGCCUCCUGGCUUUGGAAGACCUGGUAUUCCUGGACCCCCGGGGCCCCCAGGGCCCCCAGGACCUCCAGCCAUCCUGGGAGCAAGUGUGGCCCUUCCAGGCCCACCUGGCCCUCCUGGACAGCCAGGUUUUCCAGGAUCCCGAAACCUGGUCACAGCCUUCAGCACUAUGAAUGACAUGCUUCGAAAUGCACAUUUGGUGAUAGAAGGGACCUUCAUCUACCUAAGGGACAGCACAGAGUUUUUCAUUAGAGUCCGAGAUGGUUGGAAAAAAUUACAGCUAGGAGAGCUGAUUCCUGUUCCUGCUGACAGCUUACCACCCCCGGCACUUUCCAGCCACCUACCUCAGUCUCAGCCUGUGCAUUUGCCUGUGUUAAGUGCCAAUUAUGAGAGGCCAGCGCUACAUUUGGUGGCUCUGAACACACCGUUUUCUGGAGACAUUCGUGCCGAUCUUCAGUGCUUCCAGCAGGCCAGAGCAGCUGGUCUGUUGUCCACCUACCGGGCAUUCUUAUCCACUCAUCUGCAAGACCUCUCCACGAUUGUACGGAAAGCAGAGAAAUAUGAUCUUCCCAUCGUGAACCUCAAGGACCAAGUCCUUUUUAAUAACUGGGAGUCCAUUUUCACUGGCAAUGGAGGGCAGUUCAACCCACUCAUUCCCAUAUACUCCUUUGAUGGCCGAGAUGUAAUGACAGAUCCUUCUUGGCCCCAAAAGGUGGUUUGGCAUGGCUCCUCCCCUUAUGGUGUCCGUCUGGUGGAUAACUACUGCGAAGCAUGGCGGACCUCCCACUUGGAAAGCAUGGGGUAUGCCUCCCCACUGAGCUCAGGGAAGAUUCUGGAGCAGAACUCAUACAGUUGUGCUAGCAGGCUCAUCGUUCUAUGUAUUGAAAACAGUUUCCUGACAGAUGUUUGGAAGAAAUGACCUUCUGAGGCUUCUUCUGAGUUUUCCAGCCUUCCUUAUGUGAAGAGUUGACACUGAAACUGAACCUGGUUAAAUGUUGUAAAUAGUACAGUCUUCAUUAUGCUUUCAUUGCAAACAGCAACCAAAGAAAACAUACCUCAGUACACUCAAAAUGGAAGACAUAGAGGACUCAGAUCCCAGAUCAGAUCUGACUCACACAUUGGUGCUAGAUUCUGCAGGAAACCCCAUGCAGUGUGACCACAUCCCGACAUGGUUAAGAAGGUGUUGAAAACAAAGGCCCUGCCCACUGCAUCUUUCAGCCAUUUUCCCCUUUGAACAUUGCUUUGAGUGUCAAACAUUCUUCAUGUUUUCUUGCAAAGCCGGUGUUUAGA